CUUUUUGGCGUGUAGUGUACACUAGCUAACUACACUCGUUUUAGAGGAGACGAUAGAGACUGCUCGGUUUGUUUCAGUAGACUUAAACCAGUCAUACGAGCAGCCCGCACUUGCGCCUAUUAUUUUGAAGGGAAAAGUGAGCGUUAGUCUGUAAAUGUGUAGUGCUGUUUCCGCAGUCGUCAAACAGACCAGCUGUACAGGUCACUGAAUAACACUGUUAUACACCGUAUUACUCUCUUACACUUCAUUAGUGCGUAUCUACACCUAAAUCACUAGGUUGGCGUUUUUAUCCCGGUCUCAUUUAUUGUAAAAAAAGAAGAAAAAAAUCUUAACUGAAAGCUUGUUCUGCAGUUAACUAUAUAAUAUCUAAUAUACAGCUCCAGAAGACGGUUUGUUUUUUGCUGUCAGGGUCUGUCAGCUCAUAUUACCACCACAUGCUGCUUUAGCAAGUGGCUUGUCACACUUCAGUGUACGUCUUCUGACAGGAAACUAACAAAUCUUUACACUUGCCUGUUUUAACUUGUGUGUUUUGAUGAUAACCCUGACGUCUUGUUAACACUAGUUCCUGUUUAUGUAUUUGACACGUCUCCUAACUCUGCUGCGUUUCUUGAUCAUAAGCUGAAAUCUUCGCAGAAGGACAAAGUACGACAGUUUAUGUCCUUCACACAAGCAGGGGAGAAGACAGCUGUGUACUGUCUCACUCAGAAUGACUGGAAACUAGAGGUGGCCACUGACAACUACUUCCAAAACCCGGAUCUGUACUUCAAGGAGUCCAUGAAAACCUCAGUAGACCGAAAGAAGCUGGAACAACUCUACAACAGAUACAAAGAUCCUCAGGAUGAGAAUAAGAUUGGGAUUGAUGGAAUCCAACAGUUUUGUGAUGACCUCAACCUGGAUCCAGCCAGCAUAAGCGUUCUGGUAGUAGCGUGGAAGUUCCGAGCAGCAACGCAAUGCGAGUUCAGCAAAAAGGAGUUCCUUGACGGCAUGACUGAAUUAGGAUGUGACAGUCCAGAGAAACUCCGCACUCUGCUUCCUCGACUGGAACAGGAACUGAAAGACAGUGGAAAGUUUAAGGACUUCUACCAGUUUACGUUUAACUUUGCAAAGAAUCCUGGGCAGAAAGGUUUAGAUUUGGAGAUGGCAGUUGCUUACUGGAACUUAGUUCUGACAGGCCGUUUCAAGUUUCUUGACCUCUGGAAUAAAUUUUUAUUGGAACACCAUAAGCGAUCUAUUCCCAGGGAUACCUGGAACUUGCUUCUGGAUUUUGGCAACAUGAUUGCAGACGACAUGUCGAACUACGAUGAGGAAGGAGCAUGGCCAGUCCUAAUAGAUGACUUUGUGGAAUUUGCUCGGCCGAUCGUCACUGGAUCAAAGCGCAAAAGUGUAUAGAUCUGUUGAUGGUGGCAGUUUGACACCAUGGGCCUGCGUUGCCUCACUGACUUCGGGUUGUUUUUUUUUUUAAAGACUUGUAUGAAACACAUACAAAAAGGAAAACACGGAGAAACACUUGAAACCGGCGGGCUUGAUGAAGAGAAAAGGGGAUAGAAGGAACUUAAACCUUCAAGCAAUACAAAGAAGAACAAAACAAGUGAAAGUGGGAUACUCGAGAUUUCUUUUAGAGCUGUCAAAUGCACAAUGUCAGCUGCUGCUGCUGCUGGCAAUCUAAUCGUGUCCAGAGACCCUGAGGGAUUCUGGAGGAUCUCUGCAAUUCCAGUACCUCAUCUUCAUUGCAGACAAUUACAUACUUGCACACCUCUCCAUUGACAUACACAAAGCAUAGAAAACUAUGAGUACAAGAUGAAAUAUGGUUCAAGAGCCCCUUUUCCAGCAUGUAUACCUCUUGUAGGACUCACCAAGAUGAAUAGAUCAGAUGCACUUUUAAGACCAGAGCCCCAUGGACAUGCAACAUGCAGCUCGCACCACCAGCACACUUGUUGCCAUUGUAAAAUACUGUAGUGGUAUGUACAGAAAUAAAUAUUAUAAAUAAACAAUAUUUUAUAAAUUAUAAAAGAACCAUUUAUUGUGUGGAGGAUAGUGUAAAUGAACUAAUUAACUCUUCAGUGCAUAAAUUUCACUGUUUCAUUUUAGAAAACAUGACACUAACAUCUGCUGUCUUGCAGAAUCUGUUGUGACAAGAAUGCCGUUCAGUGUUUCUCAGUUUUGUUUACCAGAUGCCAGGAUUAUGUUAAAAAAUAAAUUAUUGCCUCUAAGUAUA